AUGCUGAGCACGGAAAGUUUCACAGGGGCAAGAGCCCUGGGAGAGGAGUCGCUACAGAUGUGGGACCUCAACAAGCGGCUGGAGGCAUAUCUGGCCCGCGUGAAGUUCCUGGAGGAGGAGAACGAGGUGCUGCGAGCUGAAAUCCAGAGCGCCAAGGGCAGCCCGGCCGGGGACUCGUGGCGGGUGAAGUACGAGGAGGAGCUGCGAGCCCUGCGGGAUGCGCUGGAUCAUGCCUUCAGGGAGAAGUGCAUGGCCGAGCUGGCCAGGGACAACCUCUACGAGGAGGUCCAGCAGGUGAAAAGCAGGUGCCAGAAGGAGCAGGCAGCCCGAGAAGAGGCCAAGAAGCAGCUGUCCUUGAGCAGGAAGGAGCUGGAGGAGGAGAGGAGAGCGCAAAUCUGGCUGAAGGAGAGAGCCGUGCAGCUGGAGAAGGAGGUGGAAGCCUUGCUGGAGGUGCACGAGGAGGAGAAAGCGGGGCUGGACCAGGAGAUCGCGAGCUACUCCCAGAGCCUGGAGAGCUUCCGCUGUGCACCGGUGGCUUUCCAGCCCGUGGAGGUGGAGGACUAUUCCAAGAGGCUCUCAGAGAUCUGGAAAGGGGCAGUGGAGACCUACAAGACGGAGGUGUCGCAGCUGGAGGGCUCCCUCUGCCAGGCCAAGGAGAACCUGUGGAAAGCAGUGGAGGACAACCAUCAGAGCCAGCUGCAGCUGCAGCACCUGGAGAAGGACCUGGCGGGGCUCAAAGUGCGGAAGGAGAUGCUGGAGGAGAGCCUGGCCCAGCAGUGGCAGGAGCAGCGUGGGGAGGCAGAGAAGUUCCAGCUGGCGAUGGAGGCCCUGGAGCAGGAGCAGCAGAGCCUGCGGGUGCAGAUCGCCCGGGUGCUGGAGGACAGGCAGCAGCUCAUGCACCUCAAGAUGUCCCUCAGCCUGGAAGUGGCGACCUACAGGACGCUGCUGGAAGCGGAGAGCACCCGCCUGCAAAUGCCAGCUGGGGAAUUCAGACUGGUCAACGGCGUGCGAGAUCUCAAACUGGAGGUGAGCAGCGGCAGCAAACUGGUACCAGCAAGCCCUGAGCCCAGGCGGCUGCUGCCCCGGGACCACGGCGCCAACCCCUCUGUCUUCCCCAGGGCAGAGGGGAGGGGCCAGCCAGCAAAACCUCAGAGCGACGCCCUGACACCCAAAAGCCGGAGCCCCGAUGCCAGGGAGCUCCAGAAAAUCAGCUCAGUCCUCCACGGCACAGCUGCUGGCAGGGCUGGGCGUCCGGGUGCCCCCGGGUGCCCCACACCGAGCCCCUCCCAAGCUGCCCCUCCUCUCUCCCCAGAGCCCCCCAGCCCCUCCCCACCGGAGCCGGGGAGCCCAGGGGGAGAGGGUCCCGCCUGGCCGGGGGGAGCCGGGGGGGUGACGAGCCAAGGGCUGGAGCAUCCCCUGCCCGGAGCCACGACAGAGAGCCCCGAGGACGGUGUGAAGGCCCCCGGAACGGCGCCCACCCGCAGCCUGCAGUACCCGGCCCAGCUGGUCAGCCACGCCCUGGAGGACGCGCUCAAGGAAGUGGAAGAUGAUGCUCAGCCCGAGGAAGAGCCCACCCUCAGCGCCGCGUGGGCCCCCCAGGAUGCCCGUGCCCCCAGCCCCGUUUUCCCCACAGAGGCUUGUGGAGGGGCUGUGGCAGAGGGGACAGGGGAAGGGCAAGACCCCUCCGAGGGCUCUGGGGACGGUGAUGGCCCCGAAGUGGAGGAGAGGGCUGGGGAAGCCGAGCUCCAGGGGCUGGGUGUGGAGAGCAGCAUCCUGGGGGACAGAGCCACGUCCCCGCUGGGCACGGCCCUGAGUGACACAGUGAGACGGGAAGAGAUGGGAGCGUGGGAGGAGGAGGAGGUGCCUGCUGUGCUGAGCCCAAGGGAUCCAGAGGCAGAGGUCCAGGAAGAGGAUGUGAGUGGUCCUGGACAGACAGAGACCAGCUGGGAAAAACCAGGGCAAGAGGAGGAUGGGGAAGAGACCCCAAGCACGGAGCCAUCACAACCCUCAGAAGAUGAGGAGGAGAGGGAACCCCACAGUUCCUGUCAGGAGGACGGAGAUUUCCAUGGAGAAGGAGGGGAUGAGCCAAAAGAGGAGUCCCCAGACGGGGAAGUGGAAGCUGUUUGUGCUGUCCUUGUGGAAAGCCACCUGGUUUCACCCACAAAGAGUCACCUGGAAGAGGAUUUUGUUGAUGCAGAGCAGGAAAAGUCUGAGCAUCAGAAAAUGAUUGUGUGUGAGACAGAGGCUGCAGAGCAGGAAAGGGGACAGGAGCUGUGCCCAGAGCAGGAGCCCUUGACUGUCCAUGAGGCCAUCCCAGCAGAGGAGGCUUCAUCAGGAGCUGAAGAAGAUGCUGUGGGAGGGGAGGACACAGGCAGAGUGAAAGAUGGUGAGGGAGAAGAGGGAGAGGCCAGCAGGGAGAUGCUGGGAGGAGAGGACCCUGGGGCAGGAGAAGACCUUGAAGCAGGAGAGGAUCCUGGGGUAGGAGAGGAUCCUGGGGCAGGAGAAGACCUUGAGGCAGGAGAGGACCCCAAGGCAGGAGAGGACCCCAGGGUGGGAGAGGACCCUGAGGCAGGAGAGGAUCCCAGGAAAGGAGAGGAUCCUGGGACAGAAGAGGAUCCCGAGGCAGGAGAGACUGCAGGAGGUGACACCCUGGGGUGGGAGAGCAGAGCCCCAGAGGAGCCCGAGGAUGUGCAGGAAGCCAGAGCUUCUGUGGAAGAGGGUGGGGAACAGGAGCUGGAGCUGGAAGAGGAGCCCCAGGGCAAGGGGGAUGAUGGCAAUGGCCAAGAGCCCUGUCCAGGGGACUGGGAGGUGACAGCAGAGGACACAGAGGGGGCUUUGGGCACAGAAGAGUCAUCCUGGGCUGAUGACACUCCAUCCAGCACAGGAAGGCUGGAAAGUGAGGAGAGAGAUGGCACAUCGCCAGCAGAGCUGGAGGAAGCCCAGGAAGACGAUGAAGAAGAUGCCAAGAGCCAGGGGAUGAGCCAGCAGCAACCACUGCCAGAGGCUGAGCCAGCACCGGAGCUGGCAAGGGAGGAGCAGGAGGGCACUGCAGGGCAGCCUGACCCAGCCACCCCACAUGCCCCUGGGCGAGGGGACAGCCAGGAGCCGGCCGAGGCUCCGGAGGAGGUGCAGGGUGAGGAUGCUGAAGAGGGGCUCGGCUCAGAGCUGGGGCAGCCAGAGAGCAGCAGCUCCGGCCUCGAGGCACUGCAGGAGGUGUCGGGUGAGGGCACAGAGAGCAGUGAGUGGGCAGAGGAGGAUUUCGGGAGAUCGGGAGACUCGGAGCCAAUCCCAGGCACCGGCAGGAGGGUGGAGCUGGAGGACACCCUGCCGGACAGCACACCCUUGCACCUCUACGAGGGGGAGAUGCUGGCUGGGGGUGCACCCAGCCAAACCCCCCCAGAGACUGAGGAGACCACGGAGACAGACCCUGUGACCGAAACAGCUCUGGAGGGGGAAGAGUGGCUGGAAGGGAGGGACAAGCCACUGACUCCCACCAUGCCAGAGAGCCCUGAAGAAGAGGCAGAGGCAGAGGUGGCCCCUGUGGCAGAGGGUGCUGAGGAGGAGGAAGGAUAUUUCAUGGUCUCUGCUCCCAGCCAAGAGGUGUCCAGCUCAGAGGAAGCUGAGAUCUCUGAGGACUUUGAAGAAAUUAAAGUGGAAGCAACUGAAGGCAGCCAAGGUGACCUGGGAGCUCCCAGAGAAGCAUCUCCAGUGCCAGAGGGCAAAGGGCACCUCCAGACUUUUGUUGGGGAAGCCCGUAAGCUCCAGGCCCAGGCAGUGCCGGAGCAGGCGGAGCAGGCGGAGCAGCCGUCGGAGCAGCCGUCGGAUGAGCAGCCGCCCGUGGAGGAGGAAGCACCAGACAGUGACAGCCCUCCCUCAGCAGGGGAUGAGCAGCCCCCUGAGGCCGACCCACCCCGGCCGGGCUCUGCACUGGAGCAGAGAGGUUUUCCAGAGGUGAUUACAGACAUCCCUGACACAGCUCUUCUCCCGGCAAAGGUGCCCGUGGAUGUCAUGAAGGACUCCGAUAUUUUGGAAAUAGUUGAGCAGGCUCUGGAGUUCAACCAGGAGCUGGUGAUGGGGGUGAGGGCGGCCGAGGGAGGGCAGCAGGGCCCUGGCAGGACCGAGCUCCCCCAGGAUGCUGGGGAAGACUCCUCACCGGCCUCGUCCAGCGAGGAGGAGCCAACGGUGCAGGAGGCGCCGGAGCCGGAGGGUCGGGUUCAGGCUGCGAACGGGCUGCACCGGGAGGCCAGUUUGGAGGACCUGGCCGAGUUCACCGAGGAGGUGCUGAACGGCAUUGCCAGCAUGGCCCCGGCACAGGAGUUCCCCUCGGGGACCGCAGACCCCUCCGUGGGGAUGCCAGUGCAGCCCCCCCCUCCCAGAGACACCAAGCUGGGGGAUGGCACCCCAUGGGGCAAACACGGCAGAGCCGACCCCGUGCCCCCCGCUCUGGGGGAGGAUGUCCUGUGCCUCACACCCGACCAGCCACCAGCGUGUCGCCUGAGAGCCGAGCAGGAGCCCUGGUCCUCGGGGGACGAGUGA